AUGAUUGCUACGGCUAUCGGUGAACCGAAGCUUUUGGACUCGUACACCACGUCAAUGUGCAUGGAUACUUGGGGUAGAAGCAGUUAUGCUCGAGCUCUUAUAGAAAUCUCAGCUGAAUCUGACCUUAAAGAUGAGAUAGUUAUAGCGGUUCCAGAGUUGGAGGGUGAAGGUUUCAUCAAAGAAAAACUGAGGGUGGAAUACGAAUGGAGUCCUCUUUGGUGUGCCCAUUGUAAAGUAUAUGGCCAUUCAGAUGACUCUUGCCCAAGGCAAGUUAUGAAAACCCCUACAGAGCCGGCCAAGACUCAGAAUAAGCAAGAGGGAAACAAGUCUCGGUAUCCAGUGAAGCAGCCGGUUGUAGACAAAGAGGGCUUUAGGGAUGUGGAUCGCAAGAAAGCGGCUAGGAAAUUAGGGUUUCCUGUUAAUAAACAGAAGCAGAAAUUUGAAUACCGGCCGAUAGGUUCCAAGUCGCAAGGUGGGGCUUCUACAUCGGGUCAGUCAUCUAGUGUCAAAACGCAUAAUCCAUUUGAUGUUUUAGGGGAUCAGGAUAACAAUGUGGGUAAAACUGGUGAAGCUAAACAUGAUCAGCAGGACUCGGAGGAAGAGGAGGUUAUUGAAAGCUAUAAUGAAACUAAUGCGUUUAUGACCUCGGGUUCAUUUCCUGUAUCAUCGAAAGCAGGGGCAAGCACCUCGUCCACGAAGUUCUCCAAUGGAUAG